GAACUUCAAAUCUUUCAGCCCGAUCGACCCUUCUCUUCUGAGGCAGCAACUGGGAUUUUGUAGCCUCACUAGCGCAAACUUCAUUCAUCUUUGUGAAAGAGGACUUCGAGGCUCAGCCCACCACUCUGAAGAAUCCCUUCAGGCACACUACUCUUAACACAUUCCUUUCACAGACUUAUGAGUAUUCAUAUUCGAUCUACGCAACAGCUAUCCGCCAUGGACGACGCUGAGCGGCGCACUGCGAAGCGUUCGCGAUUUGACCAGACAGAGCCAGAGCCGCGUCGCUCUCGUUUCGACCGACGAUCUCGCUCACCUCCAGCGCGUAAAUCCGAGUCAGGUCGCGAUCGCAGUCCCUUGGUUAAAGAUGCCGAUAGCUCUGCAGAUGCAAAGCGUGCAUCCAAUGUAGACGCGGCUGCAGCUGCCGCUGCCGCCGCUGCCCGAAUCAAUGCCCAGAUCCAAGCGAAGAAGGGUAUACAGCACGUCGAUGUCCCGCCCAUCAAGUCCACGUCGUCUGAGUCGCCGGGUCCUAGCGCUACGAGCGCGACACCUGCUGCUAACAUCAAUGGCGAUAUAUAUGUCGCGGACGGCGACUACAUCAAGGACAUCGAAGUGAACGAUCUGCGCAACCGAUACCUGCUCACUAAAGGAUCUACUCAAAAGAUGAUUAAAGAAGAAACCGGAGCUGAUGUCACGACUCGAGGCAGCUAUUAUCCCGACAAGAGUAUGGCCACGGCCGCGAACCCUCCCCUGUACCUCCACGUAACGAGCACCUCGAAGACCGGACUCGAGACAGCCGUCGAGAAGAUCGAAGAGAUGAUGAAGCAGGAGCUUCCAAACCUUGUGGACGAACGACGAUUCCGACGCCGAGACCAAGAGCAGGUGGAACGUGAUGAGUUUGGACGACGCAAAUGGCCAGAGGCAAAGAUUCCGAUCGAUCUCGAGCCUGUUCAGGGAUUCAACCUGCGCGCGCAGGUUGUUGGACAUGGCGGCUCUUACGUGAAGCAUAUCCAACAAGAGACCGGCUGUCGAGUGCAGAUCAAAGGUCGUGGCUCUGGCUACCUAGAGGCCGCGACCAAUCGGGAGAGCGAUGAAGACAUGUACUUGCAUGUCGCUGGGCCUGAUCCUAACAUGGUCGAAAAGGCGAAGGAGCUUUGUGAAGAUCUUCUGACAAAUGUCAAGGAGCAGUAUGAAGACUUCAAGUCCAGACCCCCUCGCCAGCACUAUGGUGGGCACGGUGGCGGAUACCACAACAACCACGAGAGAUCCAACAGCAGUGCCGGUUCAUACGGAGGCUAUGGUGGAUACAACAAUUCGUCGGCCCCUCCUGCCACCACCGUAUCACCGGCUCCCGGGGGAGCUGGUAGUCCUACUAACCCGGCUGACCAGUAUGCUCAAUAUGCUCAAUACUACGGUGGUCAAGACCCGUAUGCGGCAUACGGAGGCUACGCAGCUUACAUGCAAUACUACCAGCAGUACUAUGCCGCUGCCCAGGCGCAACAGCAAGGAUCACCUGCACCCCCUGGUGCUUCCACAUCACCACCUCCUCCUCCGAGUGAAGCACCUCCUCCGCCACCGCCAUCCGGCCCACCUCCUGGAGCCAGUGGCUACGGUGCCGUUCCGCCCCCUCCUGGACUUUAGUCGAAAAUAUGAACAAGAUUGUUCAUUGAGUAGUAGUUACGGAAGAUGAGAUGUGAGCACGAGGUGAAGUUGGUGGGGUUUACCAAAACCGACUUGGUUGCUGCUGAUUAGGAGGCCUGUGGGUGGAAGGAUGACACCAUCUGAAUCUAGACGAGCUUUGCUGGCACAAGCCCGGAACUUCGCUUGUAAAACAUGGCGAACGAGAGAUGAUCUGCUCUUGGUGGGAAUGGUAACAUUGAAAGAGACUAGUCCAUGCAUAAUGCUCGAGAUCAUGGACUCGAUAUUGAAGGAGGAUCUGAACGACCUCUGCAAGAUUGUUGCAGCGCUGAAUAUUAACUUGCAUUUGCUAGGGUAUAUAAUCCUUAAAGCGACUUUAAAGUGUGAAAGUGCCUUCACGGCCGCUGGCC